UGCUCGUAAUCCAUGGCCUGCAAAGGUACAACAGAGGCGACAGCAAAAAUCGGGUUCCUCACCACUCCCCCCACAUUGCACACUUUUCCCUCUACCAAGUUGCCCGCAGCAGGUGCUCUUCUGAGACUCCCAUCGAUCGAUGGAGUGCGUGGCUGUAGUUGUCGUAUGAUGCCUGACCAGCCACGCUCUUCGUCACAUAUACCAAUCCUAGUUUGCCUGAACUCAGACUCGGAUGUCGCCUGGAACCACAGGGGGGGAAGGGGAAAGGAAGCGACAGACGUCACAUACAGUUCGUGUAUGAGCUUCUAG